GCGGGGGCAUGAGUCAGGGGUUUGGGAGCUGCCCCCGGGCUUUGGGAGCCAGGACUCGGUGCUGUUAGAGCAGGCGUGAGCUCGGCUGGUGGCAGAGGAUACCCGUGGCUGCGGGAGUUCGCGGAGGGACCCCGAGGCUCGUGAGCAGGAAAAGAAGCCAGGUGAGGACUGGUGGAUGGAAGAAGGAGCUGAAUUUGAAGGACACCGCAUCCUCUCAACCACCCUUUGAUUGAUGCCAGCCAAGCUUCCUCUUCCCGCCCCAGGGACCCGCAGUGCGGGUUAUGCUGGGGGCUUGGGUCCCCGUGGACAACCAGACAAUCAGGAGCAUCAUGGAGGACCGGCAGGAGGAUCACGAAGAGGGGCUGGAGGACGCUCUAGAACAGGAGGAAUAUGAAGACCUGGAUGUCCCCGUGAUUCAGGAGGAAGAGCCAGUAGCUGACCACGCUGAGCCGACAGCCACAGACCAAGACACGACCACAGACCCAGAAGCCACAUCGCGAGCUGGCACCCACGAGGUGUACGUGGAGCUGCAGGAACUGGUGAUGGAUGAGAAGAACCAGGAGCUGCGGUGGAUGGAGGCAGCACACUGGGUGCGGAUGGAGGAGAACCUCAGGGAGGAUGGGGUCUGGAGCCACCCGCACCUGUCCUACCUCACCUUCUGGAGCCUCUUGGAGCUGCAGAAAGCCUUUGCCAACGGGACCGUCCUCCUGGAUCUGCCAGAGACCUCCCUGGCGGGAGUGGCCAACCAGCUGCUGGAUGGGUUUAUCUACGAGGAGCAGAUCCGGCCUGAGGCCCGGGACCUGCUGCUCCGGGUCCUACUGCUGCAGCACAGCCAUGCCAAAGACCUGGAGGCCCUGGGGGGUGUGAAGCCCACGGUUCUGACGCGUUCUGGGGACCCCUCACAGCCUCUGCUCCCCCAGCACCCCUCAUUAGAGACGCAGAUCUUCUGUGAACAGGGACAGGAGGGCACAGAAGGGCAUUCACCAUCUGGAAUUCUGGAGAAGAUUCCCCCAGAUUCGGAGGCCUCCCUGGUGCUCGUGGGCCGAGCAGAGUUCCUCGAGCGCCCGGUGCUGGGCUUUGUGCGGCUGCAGGAGGCCGUGGAGCUGGAGGCCGUUCAGCUCCCGGUGCCCGUGCGCUUCCUCUUUGUGUUGCUGGGACCCGAGGCCCCCAACAUCGAUUACACCCAGCUUGGUCGGGCUGCGGCCACCCUCAUGUCAGAGAAGGUGUUCCGCAUGGAUGCCUACCUGGCCCAGAGUAAGGCGGAGCUGGUCUGCAACCUGGAGGGCUUCCUGGACUGCAGCCUGGUGCUGCCUCCCUGCGAGGCCCCCUCCGAGCAGGCCCUGCUCAGUCUGGUGCCCGUGCAGAAGGAGCUGCUGCGGAGGCGAUACCUGCGAAGCCCUGCCAAGCCUGAGCCCCUCUUCUACAAGGGCCUAGAUUUGUAUGGGGGUCCAGGGACCCCUGAUGGGCCAGACGACCCUCUGCAGCGGACAGGCCUGCUCUUUGGGGGUCUGGUGCGUGACAUCCGGCGCCGCUACCCCCGCUACUUGAGCGACAUCACGGACGCGUGCAGCCCCCAGGUCCUGGCCGCUGUCAUCUUCAUCUACUUUGCUGCCUUGUCACCUGCCAUCACCUUCGGCGGCCUCCUGGGAGAAAAGACCCAGAACCAGAUGGGGGUGUCGGAGCUGCUCAUCUCCACCGCGGCGCAGGGCAUUCUCUUCUCCCUGUUGGGGGCUCAGCCCCUGCUUGUGGUUGGCUUCUCAGGACCCCUGCUCGUGUUUGAAGAAGCCUUUUUCUCGUUCUGCACUAGCCACAACCUGGAGUACAUCGUGGGCCGCGUGUGGAUCGGCUUCUGGCUCGUCCUGUUGGUCGUGCUCAUAGUGGCCUUCGAGGGCAGUUUCCUGGUCCGCUUCAUCUCCCGCUACACCCAAGAGAUCUUCUCCUUCCUCAUCUCUCUCAUCUUCAUCUAUGAGACUUUCGUCAAGCUGAUCAAGAUCUUCCAGGACCACCCACUGCAGAAGCAUUAUGACCACAACGUGACACUGGUGCCCAAACCUCAGGCUCCCCUGCCCAACACAGCCCUCCUCUCCCUUGUGCUCAUGGCUGGCACCUUCUUCUUCGCCAUGCUGCUGCGAAAGUUCAAGAACAGCUCCUACUUCCCUGGCGUGCUGCGACGGAUCAUUGGGGACUUCGGGGUCCCCAUCUCCAUUCUGAUCAUGGUCAUGGUGGAUUUCUUCAUCGAGGACACCUACACCCAGAAACUCAGCGUGCCUAAAGGCCUCUCAGUGUCCAACUCCUCAGCCCGGGGCUGGGUCAUCCACCCACUGGGCUUGUAUUCACCUUUCCCCAUCUGGAUGAUGUUUGCCUCCGCCCUGCCUGCCCUGCUGGUCUUCAUCCUCAUCUUCCUUGAGUCUCAGAUCACCACGCUGAUUAUCAGCAAACCAGAGCGCAAGUUGGUCAAGGGCUCUGGCUUCCACCUGGACCUGCUGCUGGUCAUUGGCAUGGGCGGUGUGGCUGCCCUCUUUGGGAUGCCCUGGCUCAGUGCCACCACCGUCCGUUCUGUCACCCACGCCAAUGCGCUCACUGUCAUGGGCAAGGCCAGCGCCCCAGGGGCUUCCGCCCAGAUUCAGGAGGUCAAGGAGCAGCGGAUCAGCGGGCUCCUGGUUGCUGUGCUCGUGGGCGUGUCCAUCCUCAUGGGGCCCAUCCUGUCCCGCAUCCCCCUGGCUGUGCUGUUCGGCAUCUUCCUCUACAUGGGGGUCACGUCCCUCAGCGGCAUCCAGCUCUUUGACCGCGUCUUGCUCCUGUUCAAGCCGUCCAAGUACCACCCCGAUGUGCCCUACGUCAAGCGGGUGAGGACCUGGCGGAUGCACUUGUUCACGGUCAUCCAGAUCGUCUGCCUGGCAGGGCUGUGGGCCGUGAAGACCUUCCCCACCACCUCGCUGGCCCUGCCCUUCGUCCUCAUCCUCACGGUGCCUCUGCGCCGCCUCCUGCUGCCGCUCAUCUUCCAGAAGCUGGAGCUCCAGUGUCUGGAUGCUGACGACGCCAAGCCGACCUUCGAUGAAGAGGAGGGUCAGGAUGCGUACGACGAGGUGACCAUGCCCGUGUGAGGGGAAGGCAUGGGCCUCCAAGCCCCCUCCACCCUCCCACUUCCCCACUCUCCCAGGAAAAGCAGAAGUUCACGGGCAUCUCAUGGACUCUCACAUCCCUCCUGGGGUAGCAACUGGGGCCUUGUGAGUUGUGGGUGGGGGAAUGGAAGGGGUGUCUAGAAACCCUACCACAAGGGCUAAACCAGCUUUUAUGGUCAGUAGGGUCCACACUGGGGAAUUCGCUCUGCAGUCUCUCCGGCUGCCAUGUUACCACGUUGCCACGUGGGGCUCCCAAGCUGGAGGACUUAGAUCUGAGCCAACCUCUUCACAGCACAGACAGGGGCAGGAGCAAGGGAGGUAGAGGGGGUGGGGUUCAAGUUCCUGCAUGCUGUGUGACCUUGGGCAAGUCCCUUGACUUCUCCAGCCUCUGCUUCCCCUUCUGUAAAAUGGGUAUAUUUAUAGUAAUACCCACGUUAUAGGAUGGUUACUGGGGACCAAAGAUAAAUGUGAAAAAGGGGCCUUGUCCACUCUGAAAGGACUAUCAUAUGGUAGUCAUCAUUCUUCUUCAGGCCAUCCCAAGGUCACACAGCUCUUGCCCAAGUUCAUACAGCUCCUGAGCCUCACGGCUGGGAUCUGAACCAGGUCUCCUGACUCUGAGGCCAGAGCCCUACGCUCUGCCUCAGUCACCUACCUUCCCAUGCUUAGAGAUGCCCCUGCUGACCCCCCCACCUCCCCCUGUCUGCUCCCACCCCCAUCCUGGGGACCCUCUUCUCAGGGGCAGAGGGAGGAGUCCUGGUGAGGGCAAGUUUCGGGUGAGGUACAAUCACUGGGACUCAGGACUCCAAAGUGCUCACUCCCUCCUCCCAUGCUCGCACUCAUUCACGCAUUCAUUCAUUCCACAAACAUUUAUGGAGGGCCCCAGACCCCGCAGCUAUAGAAGCAACUAAGACGAGACCCUGCUGUGGGGUGAGGUGCAGGAGUGGGGGCAAUGCACAGUCUGUUCUAGAUUUGGAUGGAGGAGGGUGGGAGGAAAUGGCGGGGGGGGGGAAGGGAGGGAGGUUUGUAAUUUAUUGAUUGUAUUUUCUAAGAGCUCUCAUUGUACUCUGGCUUCACACGCACACACGCAGUCCUCUAGUUUGAGACCCACUGUCCACGAUCUCAGCGCAGCUGAAUCUUGGGGAGAACCCAGAUUUGAUCAACUGGGGUAAAGGCCAGCGGGCUCUGCAGAAUAUGGGCAUAAUCUAUUUUUUUACAAAACAAAAAUAUAAAAAGAGCUGAAAGAGCUGGAAGUGGUGAGAAAUGGUUGAAACGGAGAACCAGGGGCUCGGGGCACCUGACAGGAGGCUCUCGGGUGCUGCCCUGAAGGCCGACAGCCGCCUCUCACCACUUCACCGCCCUGUGCCUCAGAUUCCUCAUCAGGAAGGUGGGGACGAUAAUGGUACCUACCUUGUAGGAUUGUUGUAAGGAUUAAAUGAGACAGUAAAGCGCAUGCUUAGCUCAGCCUGACCUCAGGCCUCCGAGGAAGCGCUCAAUAAACGUUAGCUGUUGGUGGGGUUACCCUCGCGGGGGUCGCCCUGCCCCCUCCCUCCUGCUCCUUGGACACUGCUAAGGAAAGUGGAAAGAAAGCCACCCACUCUGCUAGCUCCCUUCCCCUUGAUGCUUGGUUAUAGGUUUUGCCAAUAAAUGCGUCUGCGGUGGA